UCUGAUCUUUAAACGCCGGAGCCGCGGGGCCUGCGGAGGAGGCCAGGGAGGAGGGUGUGCGCAGCGAAGCUCGGUGCUGCGGAGCUCGGUGCUGCGGUGCUCGGUGCUGCGGUGUUCCGUGCUGCGGAGUUCCGACGCGCACUUCGGCGCACGCGGCCCGCGCCCCCGGUCGGGCUGGGAUUGGCCGGUCCGCGGCUUCCCCCGCCCCCAGUCAAUUGCCGGCUAGGUCUUCCGGGAGGGGCGGUUUCUUUCCUUACCUCUCGUUUCCCUUCGCGAGACCGGAGCCUGAGGUUCGGGAUCGCCCAGCGGCCGCCGGCGCGAGGAGACCAAGCUCCGCACAGCCGCGAUGAGGCCCCGGAAAGCCUGGCUGCUCGUUCUGCUCUUAGCCCUGGCGCAGCUGCUGGCAGCGGCGAGCGCCGAGGGCCCGGAUGAAGAUUCUUCUAAUAAAGAGGAUGCCAUUGAGGAGGAAGACGAGGAGGAAGAUGACGAGGAGGAGGAGGACGACGGCGACGACUUGGAAGUUAAGGAAGAAAACGGUGUCUUGGUCCUAAAUGACGCGAACUUUGAUAACUUUGUGGCUGACAAGGACACGGUGCUGCUGGAGUUCUACGCUCCGUGGUGCGGGCAUUGCAAGCAGUUUGCUCCAGAAUAUGAAAAAAUCGCCACUACCUUGAAGGAGAAUGACCCUCCCAUUGCUGUCGCCAAGAUCGACGCGACCUCGGAAUCGGCGCUGGCCAGCAGGUUUGACGUGAGUGGCUAUCCCACCAUCAAGAUCCUUAAGAAGGGGCAGGCUGUCGACUACGAGGGCUCCAGGACCCAAGAAGAAAUUGUGGCCAAGGUCAAAGAGAUCUCCCAGCCCACCUGGACACCUCCACCAGAAGUCACGCUCGUGCUGACCAAAGAUAACUUCGAUGAGGUGGUGAAUGAGUCGGACAUCAUUCUGGUGGAGUUUUAUGCCCCGUGGUGUGGACACUGCAAGAAACUGGCCCCCGAGUACGAGAAGGCCGCCAAGGAGCUGAGCAAGCGCUCUCCCCCGAUCCCUCUGGCGAAGGUCGACGCCACCGCGGAGACAGACCUGGCCAAGAGGUUCGACGUCUCCGGCUAUCCCACCCUGAAAAUCUUCCGCAAGGGAAAGCCCUUUGAUUACAACGGCCCACGGGAAAAAUACGGGAUCGUCGACUACAUGAUCGAGCAGUCCGGGCCGCCCUCCAAGCAGAUCCUGGCCCUGAAGCAGGUCCAGGAGUUCCUGAAGGAUGGAGACGACGUCAUCAUCGUUGGGGUCUUUAAGGCGGAGAGCGACCCAGCCUACCAGAAGUACCAGGAUGCCGCUAACAACCUGAGAGAGGAUUACAAAUUCCACCACACUUUCAGCACUGAAAUAGCAAAGUUCUUGAAAGUCUCCCCGGGGAAGUUGGUCAUCAUGCAGCCUGAGAAAUUCCAGUCCAAAUAUGAGCCCAAGAGCCACGUGAUGGACAUCCAGGACUCCACGGAGAGCUCGGCCAUCAAGGAGCACGUGUUGAGGCACACGCUGCCCCUUGUCGGCCACCGCAAGUCUUCCAACGAGGCCAAGCGCUACUCGCGGCGCCCCCUGGUGGUCGUGUACUACGGCGUGGACUUCAGCUUCGACUACCGCGUCGCCACUCAGUUCUGGCGGAACAAGGUCCUGGAGGUGGCCAAGGACUUCCCCGAGUACACCUUUGCCGUGGCCGACGAGGACGACUUCGCCACGGAGGUGAAGGACCUGGGGCUGAGUGAGAGUGGGGAGGAGGUGAACGCGGCCAUCCUGGACGAGGGCGGCCGCAGGUUCGCCAUGGAGCCCGACGACUUCGACGCCGACACCCUCCGCGCCUUCGUCAGCGCCUUCAAGAAAGGAAAACUGGAGCCAGUUGUCAGAUCCCAGCCGGUGCCCAAGAACAACAAGGGGCCGGUCCAGGUCGUGGUGGGGAAGACCUUCGACUCCAUCGUGAUGGACCCUAAGAAGGACGUCCUCAUCGAGUUCUACGCGCCCUGGUGCGGACAUUGCAAGCAGCUGGAGCCCGUGUACACAGCGCUGGGCAAGAAGUACAAGGGACACAAGAAUCUGGUCAUUGCCAAGAUGGACGCCACGGCCAACGAUGUCACCAACGACCGCUACAAAGUCGAGGGCUUCCCCACCAUCUACUUCUCCCCCAGCGGGGACAAAAAGAACCCAAUUAAAUUUGAGGACGGAAACAGAGAUCUGGAGCAUUUGAGCAAGUUUAUAGAAGAACAUGCCACAAAACUGAGCAGGGCCAGGGAAGAACUUUGAGGGCCUUGAGGGUCUGCCCAGGGCAAGUGCGGCAGGGACCAGACAGCGAAGCUUCCAGCACUCGGCAGUGGAGCCUGAGCCAGCUGCGAGCCUGGUGGGCUUGCUCAAAGGCAGUCUCUCAAGGUGUUUUUGGUUUGUCUUGUGUUUUAAUUUUUUAUACUUUGGUAUUUCACCUCAUGCUCUGAAUACUGAAUUAGAUAUGAAUGACUCAGUAGAUUAGUCCAGAAUUUUACAGAGGAUACGUCUAUUUUUAUCAUUAUUUGGGGUUUGAUUUUUUUUUUUUUAACCUUUCACCUUCUUUAAUAUAUUUCUUCAAAGCAGACAAGUUGAAUCUCUUCUGUGUGAAUUUUUUUUCUUUUUUUAAUUUAAAAUUUAAGAAGCCUUUGCCAAAUCACGUCGGCUUUUCCUUUUUAUUUUAUUGUCAUCUGAGGAAUGGUUAGCUGAAGACGGGACUGUUGGUGUUUGGUUUUUAUUCUUCCUAUUGUGGCACAAAGUGAGAACUGUCGCCAAGCACCCUGCCGAGGACGUCAUUUCAGCCCGACUCUGAUCCGCCACCCGGUCCAGGGAGAAGCGGCAUCUCUGCAGGCCUGGGCGUCACCGUGCCUUCUCCUCCCAAAGCGAGGACCGCAGGCGGGAGCGUUUCCCAGGUGCUCCCAGACCCUUGGAGCCAGGUUCCGAGGCUCAGCCUCCGGGAGGCCGCCCGCCUCUUCAGAACCGCCAUGGCCGAGGAGAGAUGAGCUAGGGCACAAGUGGAGACUUUAGGGUGAUAGGGGGAUAGGGUAGGCUGUUGUGAUGGAAUAAAGAAAGGAUUGAAAAUGAA